GCCAUUGUCGAUUGGUGGGUUUUGCACGGCAGCUGUGCCCCUGAGCUUUGUGCCAUCGCCAAACGUCUGAUGUACACGUGGGUCUGCGCCUCUCCUGCGGAGAGGAACUGGGCGUUGCGCGAGCGUAUCCACGAGAAACGCCGCAACGGGUUGGACUUCACGAAGCUGACUGAAAUGGUGGAGAUGUGCACAAACAAGACGCUCCUGGCGUGUAGACAGAGGAGGAGGGGACUUGUUCUGCCGUGGGGUGAUGUUGAGGACGGGUUGGACGACGUCCCGGAGCUGCGCAGAUUAGGUACUCUGCCGCCGGGGUCAUUGACAGACGAGGAGAUCGCGCGCCAGGCGCGCAGGAUGCAGCGUGCCUCGAUGGUUCGCCACCCCCCUGCGGUUCAGACUGUGUUUGGUCGUCGUGCAGCUCAUAUCGAGCUCGACACGCUACUACCCAGUACUGAUGAGGCGGACGGGGGCGACGGUGCGGCCACGACAGACACAGGGGGGUUGCUUGGGUGCAAUCGCACGGAGGUGGAGGGGCAGGUGGAUAGAGCACUUGUCGGCGUUGCCGUUGCCGCAAUGGAGGAUGUGGUCGCAGAUCACACUCAGGAUGGUCUUGUCGCGGUGGAUGCUAUGGAUGCACAUCGCAGCGAGGAGGAGCGACAGGUGGACCCCGAUGACGUUGUUGCACACCCUGUGCCCAGCAUGUCCCCACUCGAGCGCCACACUGCUGGGAUUGAUCCAGUGAUGGGCAGGAGCAGGCAUAUAUUGAAGAGGCUUUGGAAGGUUGUGCCUCCAUCUUCUUUCGUGCCUGUUAGUCCGCCAGCACCCUCGGGGGUAUCGGGGGAUAUUGGGAAGACUAUGGAGAUGGCCGACUUGUUCGAGCAGUUGACAGGUCAGAGGGUUAUCGAGCCGGGAGGGGUAUCAUGGGGAGCAGGGCCAGUUGCUGCAGGGACACGACUGGCAUGUGCAGGGGCGGGUUCUCCAUCACCUUCAUCAAAGGUGAAGGGGAAGUCUGUAUCGUGGAGCGGCAUCAGCAGGGUCACCCGCAAACUCAAGGAUGUUAUGCCUGGGGUCACGGGUGAGAGGAGGGAUCGUGAGGGGAGGUUGACAGAGAUGUUUGCGAACGCAGCAUGCUGGGUACGGAAGGGACAUAGGUUGCAGCAUCCUGGUGUCAGGUCGUCGUGUGCUGCAGAUCGACAGGGCCGCACGAUGGUUGCACCGCCGUCACGACCGCCCACAGCAGGUGCGGCACAGCGAGAUGGUCAUCGACGUCCGAAAGGGCGAUCUUCCACACAUGCUUUGCCAGGUGCCCGACCACCCCCAACAUCGCUGGAGGAUGACCCUGAUCCUGUCACUUUGCAGACGAGCCGUGGAGGUUGUAUUUCUACUGCACACAGGAUACAGGAUGAGGAGCCGCGACGUCAGACAGGUACAGGACCGGGCAGUCGUCGAGCUGCUGGGGGCCGCAUGGAGGAUUCCAUGACGGAUGGGGUGCCCAUGCCUAGGGGUAGGAAGACAUACACGACUCUGACUGGCGUUUUGGGACGUUCUGCUGGAGCGAGUGUUGAGAGAGAGGCGGAGGUCCAGGAGGCAGAGAGGGUGGCAGCCAGAGCAGUUGGCAGUCAUGUCGUGUCUGCGUCACAGCAUCCAGGGGAGGGAGAGGAGACGGCGGCGAAGGUGCCGCAAAGGCGACGAGAGCGCAUCAUCGAUGAUGAUGACACAGACGACGGGCAGUGCGAUGCGCCGUAGACUAGGACUUCAAUUUCGCGCCGAUGAUGUUUGUGUGUAUCUUUCUUCAUUUAGAGUUUCACAAGUUUCGUUCUUCUUCUUGCUUUUUUGGUUUUUUUUUUUAGUCAUUCUUUCCUCUCGUUUACUUUUUCAUUUUUUUUUCAUAUUGACACUACUGUGCGAUUCCGUGCUUCCACUGA